AUGGAUGACGUGCAGACUCUUCAAGUAAAUGAAGAAGCUGAAACAGAAAGCUACGCUACAGCUGAAUCAUUCAAUAUUCAAAUAGAAAGAGAAAUUUUCCAACCAUGGAAAGUGUCCAGAAAGGUUUGCAUUCAUAGGGUACUUAAAUGCAUGAGGAUUCAUAAACCAGUAGCCUAUGAUCCUCUCGUCAUAUCGUUUGGGCCUUACCAUUAUCGAAAAGAUCCUGAAUUAAAUAUAAUGGGGCAAUAUAAAAUAGAAGCAGUUGAUAGAAUGUGCACAAGAGCGAUGACAAAUGUGACAAGGUUGACUGAAAAGAUUAAAGAGUUGGAAGGUAAAAUAAGAGAGCGCUAUGGACGACCAAUUGAGCUGGAUGGAGAAAAAUUAUCUUUGAUGUUCACAAAAGAUGUUUGCUUUAUUCUUGAAUAUUUUAGAUGUGCAUCCAUAACAAGACGCGAGAGUGAUUGCAUACUUGGUCCAUUUUCCCAAAAUACACAUAACCCUGUUUUUCAAAAUAAGGAUAUUCAAAACUCCACAUUAUUCAACAUACAAGUUGACAUUCUAAAACUGGAAAAUCAAAUUCCUUUAUUUGCUCUCAUAACUCUGUUGGAGUUGGAGGUUUCCGAGCAUGCCACAUCAGGGUUAGGUGCACUGCUGCAGCCUGAUGAGUUAGAGUCUCGAACCCGCAAAGAUGUAACAGCAGAGUUAGCUGCACUCCUGAAUCUUUAUAGAAUUGUGAUUAAAAAUAUCAUAAGUGAUCGAGAGUAUGGAUGGUACACCAAAGUGGCACCACCUUUUCGCAAUAUUGAUGUGAGAUCUACCCUUAGUGCCCAAUUACUAGACAGUGCUGGUAUCAAAUUUCAACCAGGCAAAAUUGGAUUUCGAAAGAGAAUGUUUGGAAAAAGUACGCUCUCCCUACCUCAAAUAAUUGUGGACGACACAACAGAAACAUUGCUGCGGAACCUGAUGGCUUAUGAAGAGUGUCAAAGGUGCUCGUUGAAACCAGAAGAGACAUUAAUUUCACAUUAUGUUCGUCUCUUAGAUUGUUUAAUCGAUUCAGAGAAAGAUGUAUUUGUACUUCGAAACUCUGGAGUCAUUCGGAGUUUGGGAGGCAAUGAUGAGCAUAUCGCCCACAUGUUCAACAAUCUUGCGGCUGGAACCACAUUUAGUCCCAUCAAUGAAUUUGAAAAUGUGAUGGAAGAGGCGAGAAAACAUUAUAGCAAUCAUUGGAAAGUGCUGAUGACCGAGUUUCAGCGAGCAUAUUGUUCAAAGCCAUGGCAUGCUGUCUCUCUUGUGGCGGCGACAGCUCUAUUGGUUAUGACUUUUAUUCAAACUAUUCAUUGA